GCCGCACGGCGCGUGCGCGGACGUAGUAGCCGCGGUGGAUGAGCGGCGCGCGGCGCGCGGUCCCUGGAACUAGCAAGGCGGCGAAGGCGUCGUGCACGUACCCGCGCGCAGCCAGGGAGGUCUUGCUGACGGCGCUGCUGUCGUUGGUGCUCUGCACUGCCCCGGCCCGACGCUCGCGGCUCCGCGGGCCCAUGGUUAGGGAACUCAGGAGCAACGGUCCGUCCCGGUGGUGAGCUGCCUUUUCGUUUCCCAGUAGCCACCUCGCGGACUCUGUACGGAAAAAUCACACCCCCCGCCCCGCACCCCGCUCCGUGACGCCUCUUCCUUGGACAGGUGUGCGUCACUUCCGGGAAGAGCGCACCUCGCCAAUCAGUAUUGAGGAGGGUGCAGCUGGUGCUGACAUUCGGCUGUGAUUGACAUUUCUUUGAUUCUCUGGGACUGCAGUUUCGCGGCAAGACGAACGGCUGCGGCUUAUUGUGGACACGUGGACUGUGUCAGGGAAGCGCGGGUUAUCACUCUUCUACAAGCCUUCCUGUCUGAAGUGAAAAUUUAAGCUGUCAUAAGUUGACUCAACUGUUGACAAAAAUCUUUAAGAGGCUGUGCCUGCACGGCGUGUGGGAUCUUAAUUCCCCCACCAGGGAUCAAACCUGAGCCCCGUGCAGUGGAAGCGCCAACUCCUAACCACUGGACUGCCAGGGAAUUCCCAAAGAGUGAAGCUGAGCCCAGAACCAUGCAUACUGUUUAUCUUAUCAAAAUGGGUGGAAGUGAAGCAAUCUGAAGGAAAUUCAAGACCACAGAACUUACUGGCUGAACCACAUUGUAUUGUUCAUGCCAAGAAUAAGUGUUUGGAGAAAGACCUUGCUAUUCUGCUAAAUCAUGAUGGAGGCAGAAGAACAACAGCCAUGGAAGACAACCUUUUACUCAGAAUUACCUAAAGUGGAACUUCAUGCCCACUUGAAUGGAUCCAUUAGUUCCAAUACCAUAAAGAAGUUAAUAGCCAAGAAGCCAGGUCUUAAAAUCCACUAUCAGAUGACUAUGAUUGACAAGGGAAAGAAAAGAACUUUAGAAGAAUGUUUCCAGAUGUUUCAAAUUAUUCAUCAGCUUACUACUGGCCCUGAAGAUAUUCUAAUGGUCACGAAAGAUGUCAUUAAAGAAUUUGCAGAUGAUGGUGUCAAGUACCUGGAACUAAGGAGCACACCCAGAGAAAAUGCUACAGGAAUGACUAAAAAGACUUAUGUGGAAUCUGUACUUGAGGGUAUAAAACAGUCCAAACAAGAAAACAUAGACAUUGAUGUUAGGUAUUUGAUAUCAGUCGACAGAAGAGGUGGCCCUUCAGUAGCCAAGGAGACUGUUAAACUUGCUGAAGAGUUCUUCCUAUCUACUGAGGAUACAGUUCUUGGCCUUGACCUCAGUGGAGACCCUACUGUAGGACAAGCAAAAGACUUCUUGGAACCUCUUUUAGAAGCUAAAAAAUCAGGUCUGAAGUUGGCAUUGCAUCUUUCAGAGAUUCCAAACCAAAAAAAAGAAACACAAGUACUCCUGGACCUGCUUCCUGACCGAAUUGGGCACGGCACAUUUCUCAACUCCUUGGAGGGAGGAUCCCUGGAUCUGGUGGACUUUGUGAGGCAACACCAGAUACCGCUCGAACUCUGUUUGACCUCGAACGUCAAAAGUCAGACAGUUCCAUCUUAUAAGCAGCAUCAUUUUGGAUUCUGGUACAGCAUUCUCCAUCCUGCCGUGAUCUGUGUAAGGUGUUUUGUUGUGAGACCGAUGAUAAGGGUGUUUUUGCAACACACCUUUCUCAAGAGUACCAGCUGGCAGCUGAAACAUUUCAUUUGACCCAGUCUCAGGUGUGGGAUCUGUCUUAUGAAUCCAUCAGCUACAUCUUUGCUUCUGACAGCACCAAGUCUGAUCUGAGGAAGAAGUGGAAUCAUCUGAAGCCAAAAGUGUUCCAUUUUUAAGCUGUAAUGAGGUGAACUACUUUCGAGUAUGUAUGACAACCUAGAUCUCCCUGCUGUAUCCCACUUAGUAAGCUGUCCACUGCUCCCUCCCGUGGAAGCAUAGCAGCCAAGUGCCGUGGGCUCCAACACUAGCACCUUACUCACGGCGGAUGCCCAGUCUCUCUUAAACUGACUGGCAGGCUCUGAGGUCGUCCAUGGCUCACCUCCAUGCUGCUUACAGGAAGGGACUUGAAAGUUGCUGCUCACUGAACUCCCCAUUCCAGCAGUGAUUUUGACUUAACAGUCCUUCAUUAGUGAUCAUGAAACUUCAAGAAAAUCAAAGUAGGUUCUCAUCAGGAAAAGUUUUGGAAUUACUAGUCUAAAUAAGGUGAAGAGAGAAGGAAAAACAGAUUGUCGCCAAAACCUUUAAGCCAUCUAGCUUGUGAUGACAGCUCUGUAUUUUGUUGUGCUUACUUUAAUCGGACUCCUUUCACUUAAGUAUUCCCCAGAACUGUGGACUCCAGGGAUACCAUGCAUUUUUGUGAAUCCCAGUAGCCAGGGUUAAUCUCCUUUGGGUGGGUGACCCUAAGUGACAGAUAAAGCUAGCUCCUGAUAUCUGCCUUUGCCCUUCUCAUGAUUAAUCCUCCUGGAGUCAAGAUACAUUUUAGAUUUUGAAUCGAACAAUGGAGAGAGAAUUGAUCCAUUCUUAUGUUCAUAUCUCAUCUUCCCUCCCCUACCUGGUUACCAUAAAAAUAAUUCUCUACAGAGUUGACAAGACAGCCUCUAUACUCAGAUUACAGUAAAAGAGAAAUGGCAGUGCUCUCUCUCUCUCCCUCUGUGUAUAUAUACGAAUGUAUGUAUGUGUGUGUGUGUGUGUGUAUUAAGUUCUGUGGCAUUGGCCAUACAGAAUAAGCAAUAAAGGGAAGAAUGAUAGCAUGGGGAAAAUAAAAAGAAAUAAUAGCACUAAGGAAACAAUUGAUGAGAACAGAUAUGACUGUCCAGCUCCUAAUAUAUUCUUGCUUCCUCUGCUGCACAUGCCAUCCAGUCUGUCCCUACAAAGGCUGAACAAGUAUUAAAAGGGAGGGGUGCAUAGAUCCUCUUGCUCCCCCAUCAGUGGGCUUGGUUUCUCUUUCUUAGAAUGUUUGAAGACUAUGUAUUAUUUUUUGCUUCUUCCAUCCUCAGGAGUGGCAGAUUGGGUGGCAGAUAAUGGUUUGUGAGCUAGUUUGAGAUAAAAUUGGGUUUUCCUUGGUAAGAGUUUUGCCUUUGCCCUAUUCCUUUUUUUUUUAAACAUUUUUAUUGGAGUAUAAUUGCUUUACAAUGGUGUGUUAGUUUCUGCUGUAUAACAAAGUGAAUCAGCUAUACAUAUACAUAUAUCCCCAUAUCUCCUCCCUCUUGCGUCUCCCUCCCACCCUCCCUAUCCCACCCCUCUAGGUGGACACAAAGCACCGAGCUGAUCUCCCUGUGCUAUGCGGCUGCUUCCCACUAGCUUUCUGUUUUACAUUUGGUAGUGUAUAUAUGUCCAUGCCACUCUCUCACUUCAUCUCAGCUUACCCUUCCCCCUUCCUGUGUCCUCAAGUCCAUUCUCUACGUCUGCGUCUUUAUUCCUGUCCUGCCCCUAGG